ACUGAGUAGUUCACAGACCCAUUUAUUAUCAAAACCCACAUGUUAGAGAUAUAACAAGACGUGUCUAUUGAUCCAUGGAGAUGCUUGGAUUUAAGGCAAGUGCCCCAAAGGGUGUGAAGUUAAGUAAACCUCCUCCAAGAAAAUUGAAUAUUAAAACAGAAGCCAUAUUGGACCAACUUGAAAACAGGAAUUUUAACAAUGGAAUCCGAGAGCUAUCCAUGUUGGAGCAGAGCAGAUCGAUGGAGCUGAAUAAUAACUAUAUAGAGAAAAGCAAUGGAUUGACACAUGAUUCUUGUCCAGCUAGCCUCAACUGCUUGUCCAAUGUCAUCAGUAACAAAGGACAGGGUGACAAUAAUGUAGAUUUGAAACAGAGAGUAAGAGCACCAAGAACCCCCAAAUUAAAAAAACCAAGACCACUGCGCAGCAAUGUUGCCUGCAGAGAGACUAGUCUUGCCACUACAGAAGUGAACAACAACAUGGAACAGAAUACAUCAUGCACCUCAGAUUUCUCAAGCAUACAAUCAUCAGAAGAGGCAGAAGAUAAAAUCCUAAAUGCAAUAGAGAGGCUGGACUGUCUAGACCAGAUAAGUGCUGGCUCAUUCAAAGACAUUGUGGUGAAGUUCGGGCCUCAGCUUGAGAGGGAAAAUCCAGCCUUUAUAAGAAGCAGUUUGGCAUGUGUGGAGGAAUUUCUAAAGAGGGAUGGCAAUGAUGCCAGUGUGCGAGCUGUGUUACGAGAAAUGUUAGACCUCCACAAGCAAUCAAGGAAUAAAGACUCGGAGAAGAAAUCCAUGCACAAUAAGGACAAUGGAAACACUGAGACGGAAUCAAACACAACUAGGCAGCAGGGAAAUUUGAAUGUAAAUGAGUCUAUGAAGACUGAGGAAAGUAAAGUUUGUCGUGCAAUUAGUCAAGAUUCUGGCUAUGGAGACCUGGAUGAUAUUGUUUUGUGGAAUUCAGAGGAUUCAUUUAUUGAGGAUGCCAGUGAGAAUCUGAAGUCAUAUGAUGAUGAAAAUACAGAGAAAGAUGCAGACCAUAUAUUGGCAGUGGAAACAGGGUCUAAGAAGGAUAGCCAUGAAUUUCUGUCAAAACACUUUGGUAAACCUACAGUUGUGGAGGAAAAAGAGCCCUUGUAUUCCACAGAGAAGCAUUGGAGUGAUACUGUGAGAAAACGGAAAGACAUUAAUGACACAUGUUACAGCAAACAAAGGGAGGAAUUCACCAGACUCAAAGACAAUCCAAGAAUGGACAAUCUAACAAGGACAGGAUUUGGUGAGGCUAGGUUCAGAUCUGAUAGAUGGACAAGGAGUUCCGAAGACAAAUUUAUCAGCCAGAGAACUUCUGAAAGAAAGCAGCCUGCUAAUGGUGCAGAUCAGGAGUCCUGGAGAAAACUUCCUGUCCGUGCUGGAUUUGGGUUCCCUGGGAAAAUGUCCACAGUGCUAGAGGAAGAGGGGGUCCAUGAUGAGUUAGCCGCCAUUCCCAAGAGACCAAAGCAUCUCAUUCGCAAAAUUCAAAAUGCAGACAGUAAUGGAAAUGGAAAGCUUGUAGUUGAGAGAAAUCCAUUGGGGCCAGGAAGUGAUCCUUCCGUGAUAGCUGAUGUGGAGAAGGGCCUCCCAAAAAGUAUUUACUCGCCUUGUGGUAGAAGAGCUAUGUUUAAAAAGUACAACACGGCUGUUUGUUUUGAAGAUAUAGAUUCUGAUGACUUGGAGGAAAAAGAGAAACUAUUUUACAGUCGUGAGGCCUUGCUGAAACUGGCAAAUAGUCCUUUGUCCAAACAAAAGCCCCCCGAGUUGUCAUACCUACAGAAAAUUUACCCUGAAGUCUGCCUUUCUGAGGCAAAGAAAUAUUUUUCAAGCUCAGACCUCUCCAGACCAUCAGAUACUCGUUUUCGAGAUGUUAAAGAGAAAAAGAAAAAAUGUGAUGAAGUGAACAACUUCAUAGACAGAUUAACAGAACCAGAAAAUGCCCAGAAUCAGUCCUCAGAAAAUGGCUUCCUGUACCCAACACCAAGAUUUGAGUUUGGGACACACCAGGGAUUUCCACAAUCCAGCUUGCCUGUGUCAUCUUCAAGCCAAGGAGAUAAAAAGAUGGUGUUUGGAAGCAAUGCCAGUUUUAUCCCUAAAGAUUUCAGCGAGUGUUCACAGGUUGGAACAACAAAUAUAACAGGCAAGCAAAGGUGUGGGUUUGGAAGACCUGUUUGAUUCAACCGUCCGAAUUGAGUGUUGAAACAGGAUUUAUCACAAAUUAUUAAAAAAAGAACAAUUGUACAGGCAGCAUAUUUUCAUGUAGUUACACAUGAAUCUGACACUGUGUUCAUUUAUGUGGGCUGUCUAAUUAGAUCACAGAAUUUUGUUCUGUAUGAAGUUGUUUGUCCUCUGUAACUUUGAGGCAGGUGAUGUGUUCAAUUAUACUGUUCCCAACCAGUAGGUGCUAUCGGUAUUUUGUACUGCAAAAGGGAAACAGGUUAUAUAUGGUAGCCACAUAAAUUCUGAUCUCCACUGAUGUAUAUACAUGUAGCUGUUAUUUUCUCUUCUUGUAUGUUCUUCAGCUUCAUUAAUUGAUCCAGAAAAAAGACUGGUUGUGAUGUAAUAAGGGACCAUUAUGUGGAUGUCAUAUCAUAUCCUUUGAGGAAGUCUUGUUUUUAACCAUUGUCUUUCCCUUAUUAUUUGUUGUAUAGUUAGAAAGAGGCUUUUUUUUCAGUUCUAGUCAGUUGUUGGUAACUGUUGGUAAAAAUAAUUUGUGUUCCCAAUGAAAUCAUAUCUUUCUUUUUUUUGGUAUAUUUGUCCCUCCCUUUUUAAUUGCUGUAUGUGUGAUGAAGUAGUCAGUUAUUGUAAAAACUGUUUACCUAUCCAGCAAAUUUUGUGUAUUUUGUUUGUUUUCACCCAAUUUUCAGCAAUUACCUUCUUAAUCUCAAGACUUUUACAUGGACUUGGUUAUGUUAAGUCCCAUUGGUGCUGUAUAGUGCUUAUCUAGUCUGAAAUUUUACCAAUGAAAACCAUAUUAAUGUUUAAAAACUGUUGUAUAAUGUAGUAAUUUUUGUCUGUUCGUGAUAUACACUUUGACUUAUCCAUUCCACAGAUGUGUUCAUUGUAUAGAUGGGUCAGUGAUAAGUUCCGUCUUUUCUCAAUUAUUUUUUGCAACAAAUUCCAGUCUGUAAAAUUCCAUUUUUGAAGCAGUCAGCAUUAUUUGUAUUAACAUUCUAAUUGUGUUCAUGUUACUCAUCCAUCUCUUACUUUGUCAUUUUUGUACAUGUGCAUUAUGUUGUUCUUUGUUUUAUUUUUUUUUUUUAAUUUGAGAUUGAAAUAACUCUUCCAGUUCACUAGUUUGUAUACAUUAUUGUACUCAGUUUUUGACUUGCAAAAUUCAUUGGAAUUAGUGAAAUGGCAUAUAAUAAUUAAGGCAUUCAUUGUGGCAUUUAUAAGUAUGUGUAUUCCUGGUACGUUAUUGAAAUGGAGGCAGCAUUUAAGUAAAAUUCUGAAGUAGAUUAAUAUUGUCUUUUCUUGUUUAAAAAAAUCAUUAAAAGUAAAUUUUGUUUAAUUAAGUGACAUAUAUCAAUACCCUUCUUUACUUUGUAAAGCUCCAUUUUUUUUUUUGGAAAUAAAUUUGAGAAUGUA